CGGCAGUUUCCAGGCGCUUUGACGUAAACUCGAAGAGGCGCGGUGGCAUUCAGGACGCUGGGGACAGUCGCUCGCCGAGGGAGCAGGCGGAGCGCGUUCUCUCCCCGCUCUCGAGGGAACACGAGAGAGCAAGGCUGGGCCAUGGAUGAUCCUGGGAACAGAAGAGGGAUGCGUUGCUCCUGGAGCCUCACCUGCUCCCUGCUCAUUCUGGGGAUGUGCUGUGUGUCUCCUUUCUUCUGUCACAGCCAGGCAGACCUGCUGGCUCUUGACCAAGCUGAUCCUCAGUGCUGGGAAUCCUCCUCAGUACUCCUACUGGAAAUGCAAAAGCCUCGCAUUUCCAACACUGUUUCGGGCUUCUGGGAUUUUAUGAUUUACCUGAAGUCAUCUGAGAACUUGAAGCAUGGGGCCCUGUUUUGGGAUCUGGCUCAGCUCUUCUGGGACAUCUAUGUGGACUGUGUCCUUUCAAGGAACCAUGGCUUGGGAAGAAGGCAACUGGCCAGAGAGGGAGACACAGUGUCAGCAGCUCGGCCACAGCAUGGAGAGGGUAAACAAGGUGUAUAUUCUCAGCUCCUGAGAAGCCCUUUCCUAAAGAAGAAGGAGUUAAUCGAAGAUUUGAUAAGCAUGCGUAUACGCAGGAGUGGGUCUAGAUUUGUUGGAAAAGUGAAACUGGAAAUAAAGAGAAAAUAAAUCUAACCUCUGAACUAAUUCAUGCCAUGGAAAUAAAUAUAUGCAUAUAAUAUUAUAGACACAUAAAUAUUUUUUCUUAA